CAAGAGCUGGAUCUCGGAAGAUGACUUCUACCGGCCUCCCCAGGAACAGCCCCCGGAGAGUCCUUCAGAUGGCUCCGCAGCUUCUCCCAGAGGGACUCCAGAGUCCAGGCCGUGUCUUCUCAGGCAUUUUUCUCAAGGACCAAGAAAAAGCUCCUCCAUGGGGGCCUUAGACAAAGCUUGUGUGCCUUCUCCAGGAAGCAGGAAAAGCCCGGCAGCCGCCACGCAGGAGCAUAAGAACUUCAGGGUGGUGCAUCGCAGGCAGAUGGGACUGUCCAACCCGUUCCGGGGCCUCAUGAAACUGGGCACAGUGGAGCGGCGGGGGGCGAUGGGCAUCUGGAAGGAGCUCUUCUGCGAGCUCUCCCCCCUGGAGUUCCGCCUCUACCUGAGCGGCGAGGAGCGCACCUGCGUGGAGAACUGCUCGCUGCUGCGCUGUGAGUCCGUGGGGCCGGCCCACAGCGACGGCCGCUUCGAGCUGGUCUUCUCCGGCAAGAAGCUGACCCUGCGAGCCUCUUCCCAGGACGAGGCCGAGGACUGGCUGGACCGGGUGCGGGAGGCCCUGCAGAAGUGCCGGCCGCAGCAGGAGGAGGAGUGGGUGAGCGUCCAGUACCCGGAGCAGCCCAGCGACCUCCCCAAAGACCCCCAGGGUGGCCCCCCCUCCCACUCGGAGCCCACGGAGCCCGAAUCCCUGCAGGGCACGCAGUUGGAUUGGUCCUCCGUCCAAGUGCCGGAGCCGGACGCUAUUAAAGAGUCCCUCUUGUACCUGUACACGGAUAGGACCUGGACGCCCUAUAUCUUCUCCCUGUCCCUGGACUCCCUGAAAUGCUUCCGCGUGAAAAACAACGAGAAGAUGUUAAGUGACAGCCACGGAGUGGAGACCAUCCGAGAUAUCCUGCCAGACACCAGCCUCGGCGGCCCGUCCUUCUUCAAGAUCAUCACGGCCAAGGCCAUCCUGAAGCUGCAGGCCGGCAGCGCCGAGGAGGCCGCCUUGUGGAGGGAUCUGGUGCGCAAGGUGCUGGCGUCCUACCUGGAGACCGCGGAGGAGGCCGUGACACUGGGCGGGAGUCUGGACGAAAACUGCCAAGAGGUGCUGAAGUUCGCCACCGGGGAGCAGGGCUUCCUGCUGCAGUACCUGGUGGCCAUCCCCACCGAGAAGGGCCUCGACUCCCAGGGCUGCUUCUGCGCAGAUAGCAGGCCUAUCCACCGUGGUUGCUUCUGUGUUACUCAGGAGCUGACUCUGGCCCCGCCGCUGCUCACUCUCCCCAUAUCCUUCUCCCCAGGCUGCUCCCGGCAGAUCGGCUUCUCAUUUGUACGACCCAAGCUCUGUGCCUUCUCUGGCCUCUAUUACUGUGACAUCUGCCACCAAGACGAUGCUUCAGUGAUUCCGGCCAGGAUCAUCCACAACUGGGACCUCACCAAGCGCCCGGUCUGCCGGCAGGCCCUGAAGUUCCUGAUGAAGAUCCGGGCCCAACCCCUCAUCAACCUGCAGCUGGUGAACCCAUCGCUGUACGAGCACGAGGAGCGGAUGCACCUCAUCGGGAGGAGCCGGGAGCAGCUGAAGCUUCUGGGGGAUUACCUGGGCCUGUGCCGGAGCGGGGCCCUGAAGGAGCUCAGCAAAAGGCUCACCCACAGGAAUUAUCUCUUGGAGUCUCCCCACAAGUACAGUGUCGCUGACCUCCAGCAGAUCUCGGAGGGAGUGUAUGAAGGAUUCCUCAAGACCCUGAUCGAGUUUGCCUCCCAGCAUGUCUACCACUGUGACCUGUGCACCCAGCGUGGCUUCAUCUGCCAGAUCUGCCACCACCAUGACAUCAUCUUCCCCUUCGAGUUUGACACCACCGUCAGGUGUGGCGAAUGCAAGACCGUCUUCCACCAGAGCUGCCAGGCCGUGGUGACGGGCUGCCCCCGCUGUGCCCGCCGGCGCAAGUACCACGAACAGAACGCUCUCACCUAACCCAGUCUCCUGACCCCCCUCAAAGGCCUCGGGGUGAGGGUUCAGCUCAGCCAUGCAGCUGGGUUUGCCAUCAGCCCCGGCCACUCUCUCAAGGUGUCACAGCUGUCUCCCUCGUCAGGAAGACUCUCAGAUGUGACCAGAGCAUGAGCCUACCAGAGGGCUUGAUGAUUGAUGCCCCCCCCCCAUCUGCUCCAGGAGGUGGGACACCAGCAGACGCCCCCUGUCCGGGGUGCUGGGGGUGGGGGGACUUUGCACUAAUCAGGCUCCAGCUCAUCUCACUGACAUGGCACCCCCAUCAGGGCUGUUCACACACUGUGGAAAUAAGACUUGGGGCGCAUUUUCAAAUCCACAUGCCUGAUUAAAAGGUCUAGUUUUUUAAGGUGGGUUUCCCCCUUCCUAUUUCAAUAGAAAAUAUUUUUUUAUUCUUAACCCUAUACAAGUCACCCAAGAAAUCCAGGCAUUCUCACCAUGAGCGAAUGUGCAGGUACCGCCCAGGCCUGGUCUGCAGACAGGCGGGCGGCUGGGCAUCCCUGGGACAGAGCCAUCCGCUGCCUCUCCUUCACCCUCCCCAGAUGCUUGCUGCCAACAGCUCAAGUGCAAUGUGCCAAACCGCCCAUGGGGCCAGGCGGGUCAGUCCUGAUGCCACCUUCUUCCUCUCCCUCUCUACUCCCUGCCCCAUGCCCCCCACCUGAAAAGCCCAUCUUUCUCUGUGUCAGAGCCCCUCGGCUCUUCUGUGGCCGGGAUUCUGGUCCCUGCACGAGAAGGGGAAUGACUUCAGCCCAGCACUGUCAGCACUUUGCAUCUUCCUUGGGCCCCAUGCCCUCCUCACUCCUACCCUUACACUGGAACACUCUCAGGGGUCCCACCCCUGCCUGCCUGACCCCUGCUGGGACAGAGGUAGUCUGGACAGAGAGGGCAGCGAGCCCAGGCCGGCCGGGGCCGGUCUUGGCACACACUGUGGAACAGUGACCCGUCCUUCACGAAGCGUGCCAGCCCCGCUGCUGAGAUGUGCGGGGGCCAGCGGGGGAAGGGCCACGGAAGGGCUUCACCUCCGUUCACAAAGCCAUGCAUUCACACAGCUUUGCCGGACUGGCCCGGGAGGGGCGCCGCUGGAGACUGGGAAAUGUCAUUGAAACACCAUUGCCAUUUGAAGGGGUGUUAGAAUGGUUUUCAAAUGAUAAUUAGACCCUUGGGGUUUGGGGGAAUCUGCUGCAUCCCUCCCCCCUCUCCUGAAUCCAGCCCCCCUCUGCCCUGGGGCCCUCUGGUCAUCUCUGCACUCAGCUGGAGAUUGGGGGCCUCAUGUGAAGACCCACCUGUCCUGCCAGGAGAUGAGCUUACUCCCACUUCUCUCUGGGGGUGAUUUGGCUGCUCAGUCACCUGUCUAGCCCCGUGGAGCUGGAUAAAUUGUGCAAUAGAACAGAGGAGGUACUAGGCAGGUGGGGGAGGGGCUGCCACACAGCCUCUCUGUCCCCUCUUGUAAGAUGGUGCACACCUGUGCCCAGCACACCAAAGCCUCCAGAAGCAGAAAUGGAUCCUUAUCCUCAUCCCACCCCUCAGAGCAUUUAUGCCAGCACAGCCUGAUUGGAGCCCCAACUGCCCCAGAUCCCUGAGUGGGCAGGAGCCCAGCCUAGGUGAGCAGUGUGGCCCUGGCUGGGCCUGUGUGUUCUAUAUUCCACGAGGUGCCCUAGGAGGGGGCAGGAGUGAGACCUUGGAGGCACCCACUUCAGUCUGCUCCACCCCCGCGCUCCCAGAGAUUAGAAGCAUUAAAUCUGACGCUCCCCCAUCCCCAAAAGCUGCUGAUGCUUUCAGAUGAGCUGAGUUGCACCUCCUCUCCUCCGACGGAAAGCUGAUGUGAACCCCAGUAGUGGCCACACUAUUUUUAAAGUGUCACUUGAUGCAAUAAACUUUGCAGUAUGGGGCCCUGGUGCUUGGCAAUGUACUGAAGGAACUGCUGCUGUGUGUUGUUCGAAUGAUUUUGCAGUAAAGAUCUGAUAUUUCUAA